CAAGUCUGCACAAUCGUUUCACUACCGUCGCGUCGGUGACUCGUGCAGUGUGAGCGUGAAUGCAGUGUGCGUUCGCGUCGAAACGUAAAACAACAACAAUAAUAAGAACAUAAUAAGAAUAUAACAUCGGAAACGCGUCCGCACGCGACGUUUAAACGGCAUUGUAAUAAUAUACUUUUUCUUUCUUUCGGAAUUUUCGGUUUAUCUCUUUUCUGUCCAUAUACGAUAAUAUUUGUGGUCGACGCGCGAUUCGCUAAGGUUCGCCACACGAAUACGAUUAAUACGACGACGACAUGGACGACAAGGAUAAGAUACGGAAGAUGUUCAGCUGGAGCUCGAGCCUCACAGAAGGAAACGAAGAAUCCGGCGGUGGUAAGGCGACUAUGACGUCCGGCGUGGGCAAUUCUCCGGACGUGGUGGCCAUGGAGCCCCGGAACAGCAACGGUAGCGUCAGCGUGGGAAUAGUGGACGGCGGCGGUGGAAUCGUCAACCCCGCGUUUCAGCCACCUUCAUUGCUCAGCCAACAGAGUACCGUAUGGACGCGCCGCCAGCAGGCUGUUUGCGUUCGACACGCGUUCAAGCACUACGGUUCUGCAAGCAAGCCGAACCACGUGCUAAGCAACCUUAACAUGACGGUUGCUAAAGGCACAAUAUAUGGAUUGCUGGGAGCUAGUGGUUGCGGAAAAACCACAUUGCUCAGCUGUAUUGUUGGUAGGCGGCGACUAAACACAGGACAAAUCUUUGUACUCGGAGGAAAGCCCGGAACUAAAGGAAGUGGAGUUCCCGGAAAACGCGUUGGAUACAUGCCUCAGGAAAUAGCUCUGUACGGAGAGUUUUCCAUCAAAGAGACAAUGAUGUAUUUUGGCUGGAUAUUCGGUAUGGAAACGUCAGAAAUCAAUGAUAGACUUCAGUUUCUUUUGAACUUCUUAGAUUUGCCAAGCCAAUCUAGAUUGGUGAAAAAUCUUAGUGGUGGUCAACAAAGAAGAGUUUCAUUCGCUGUGGCUCUUAUGCACGAUCCAGAACUCUUAAUUUUAGACGAACCUACGGUUGGUGUAGAUCCUUUACUGCGUCAAAGUAUUUGGAAUCAUUUGGUUCAGAUCACAAAAGAUGGACAUAAAACAGUUAUUAUAACUACACAUUACAUCGAGGAAGCUCGGCAAGCGCACACUAUCGGUUUAAUGAGAAGUGGAAGGUUAUUGGCUGAAGAAUCUCCACGUGUAUUGCUAUCUAUGUAUCACUGUCAGUCAUUAGAGGAAGUGUUUUUAAAAUUGAGUAGAAAGCAAGGGACGGACGGACAACCGCAGGAAACGCCUGUCAAUAUAUCGAAUAACAUUUCACUCGCUACGUUAAACUGGGGUAAAAAGGACGAACCUGUUUAUGUAACUGAAGAGAGUGGUGUAGUAGGCUUGAACUUCCAUCAAUCAAAGGAGGUGCUUGCGCAAGAUCAGUCAAAUGGCAUAAAUGGUAAAUUGUCAGAAAUGCAAAUGAUGGAGCCACAAUAUGACUCGAGUUGUUGUGAAAUCACUACUCGAGGAAAAACAAAGGCAUUGUUGCAAAAGAAUUUUUUGAGAAUGUGGAGAAACGUUGGAGUUAUGUUGUUCAUAUUUGCAUUACCAGUAAUGCAAGUCAUACUUUUCUGUUUGGCCAUCGGUAGAGAUCCAACAGGCUUACAUUUGGCUGUAGUCAACAAGGAAAUGGACUGGAAUACAAUGGAAUGUCCAGUUUAUGAUAAUUGUACUCUUAACAUGUUUUCGUGUAGGUACUUAAACGCUUUACCAAAAGACACCGUAGUAUUAGAUUAUUAUGAGACCCCUGAGAAAGCUAUAAAUGCUGUUAAAGUGGGUGAUGCGUGGGGUGCGCUAUACUUCACUGAAAACUUUACUGACGCACUCGUAGCACGAAUGGCGUUGGGUAGAGAAUCUGACGAAGAAACAUUGGACCAGAGUGAAGUGCGAGUGUGGCUUGACAUGUCGAACCAACAAAUUGGUUUAAUGUUGAACAGAGACUUGCAAUUGUCUUAUAGAGACUUUGGGCAAGGUUUACUGCAGAGCUGUGACCAAAAUCCUAAACUCGCGGAUAUUCCAAUUCAGUUCAAAGAACCAAUAUACGGCAGUAGUGAUCCCAGUUUUACGGAUUUCGUAGCGCCGGGAGUCAUUUUAACAAUUGUUUUCUUCUUGGCUGUCGCACUCACGUCUUCGGCACUUAUCAUCGAGCGCACUGAGGGCCUGUUGGACAGGAGUUGGGUUGCCGGUGUAACACCGUUAGAAAUAUUGUUCUCCCAUGUCAUUACGCAAUUUGUAGUCAUGUGUGGACAAACAGCACUUGUUCUUAUAUUCAUGAUUCUUGUAUUUGGUGUGGAAUGCAAAGGAGACAUUACUUUAGUCAUAACCCUCACAAUAUUGCAGGGUCUUUGCGGCAUGUGCUUCGGUUUCGUUAUAUCAGCCAUAUGUGAACUAGAAAGAAACGCUAUCCAGUUGGCCCUGGGAAGCUUUUACCCGACACUUCUGCUCAGUGGUGUCAUCUGGCCGGUGGAAGGUAUGCCCGUUUUGUUGCGGUACGUCAGCUACUGUCUACCGCUGACCAUGGCAACGACGUCCCUACGGAGCAUACUGACUCGUGGCUGGAACCUGCUGGAACCCGACGUGUACUUGGGCUUCGUGUCCACCAUCUCAUGGAUAGUGUUGUUCCUGUCUAUCAGCAUGGCCGUGCUCAAGUUCAAGCGCGGCUGAGCUCCGUGUCAAGUCCCUCGUCACAUCCCCGUCACUCGUCAACCCCUGCACCGUCGUUCCGCUACCGAUCUGGACGUCUCGCCCGGACGUUUGCGCGAGUGUUAGUUUUAAUGUUUUUUUUUGUUGUCGUGUGGAUCUUCCCGGGAACGCGUACACUGCUUUUCCCCUCUCCACCCACUCACCCAUUGUGUAUCUCCCCUUACCCAAAACAUCGUGACGUGUAUAAUGAUUUCUUAGAUUAAAACGAUAAUAUUUGCUCAGCAUUCUUUUGUGACAUAAAUUAAUCAAAUUUACCGUCCAAAAAUUAUAUUAUGUACAAUGUACGUGUGCAUAUGCCUGUGCGUGUGUGUGUGUGUGUGUGUGUGUAUGUGUGUGUGUGUAACGUGUCUAUACAUAUUGUGACGAAUUUGCGACCGUAAACACGAAUAACGCACAUACAUAGGUGUACACAUAUAUAUAUUUUUUUUUACCCAGUGACUUUUUAUUACUUAAUUAGGAUACAAUAUAGUAUUUAUAUAUAUAUAUUUUUUAGACAUUUAUAUAUAUUUAUAUGUGUGUGAAUAUUUUUUAUGUAAUCUACAUCACCCACGCGCAUAAUUAUUUCAAAAUAGUUAACAUUUGUGAGAUCGAAGGGCUGCGGAUCGUUUUCAAUAGAUUUCAAUUCAAAUGGCAUUAUCGGUGUAUAAUAAUACUAAUAUAUCGUGUAUUAUAGGUAUUGUAGUGUUGUUGUUAUAGUACUUUCUACACGUAAAAACAAAUCAACGCGCGACUAUUGCAUCAACGUCUACAGCCCUUCGGUAUAUUAUAUUAUUUUAAAAUACAUUUUGUGAUUGGUAAAUUACUGUAGUUAUUUUUAAUAAGGUGAAUACCGAUUGAUUCGCCGUUUCCGUACUUCUUUUUCAAAUCUUAUUAUGUAUCUUGUACUAUAUUAUUAUUAUUAUUAUUAUUAUUAUUAUUAAUAUUAAGGUCGUGGAAAAUUAACGUUAUUCGGUGCCGAUUUAUAAUCUGACACCAGUAAAAAAAAAAAAAAAAUAAA